UAUGGGAGGUGAUUAGUGUCAAAACUAUUAUUGUUAUUACACAAUAAUUUGAUAGUCAAUAAAACUCAUUAUGAUGAUAACAAACCACCCACGUAAUUAUACCACCCACGGUUGGAGGUGUGUCACAAGGUGUGGUUGUACUGAAAAUGGCAGAUCUAAGUCGUUGUAUAGAGUUGAUCAGAAGAACAAUCCAGGAAUUGUCUCGAUACGAAGAUGGCCGAACUAUGCCUCAUCACAUUCUUGAAUUUAUUGUGCUCUCUAUUGAGCUGGCAUAUCGAGAGCUGCUUGCUCACGAUAUUGCAAAUAGUCUAUCUCAGUCUCAAAGAGAGACCAUUGAGACUGUACGUCAUUGCUACACUGUUAUUAAGGAAUUGGAAAGAGGUCAUUAUAGAUCAUGCUCUUUGUCAGUGACAAUAGUAUAUAAUGGUGUUGGUCGUCCGAGGUAUGACAUUCCUGAAAGUUCACUUGAAUUGUUACUUGAAAAUAGAUUUACAGUUCCACAAAUAUCCCAUUUAUUUGGUGUCUCUGUUAGUACUAUUAGAAGACGAAUGUCGGAAUUGAGGUUACUUGUAAGGUCAUAUUAUUCGACUGUAUCUGACAGUGAUUUAGAUGCUAUUAUUAUGGGAAUACAAGAGCUAUAUCCUAUGUGUGGAAACCGCCAAAUGCAGGGACAUCUACUUUCACGAGGAUAUCGCAUUCAACAGUGUCGUAUUCGAGAAUCACAAAGGCGUAUUGAUCCAUAUGGAACAGCAUUACGAAAGCUUCAUGUUCUUAAUCGACGUGAAUAUUCAGUUCCAAGCCCUUUGUCAUUGUAUCAUAUUGAUGGGCACCAUAAACUUAUCAGGUGGAAAUUUGUUGUCCAUGGAUGCAUUGAUGGCUAUAGUCGAAGAAUAAUAUAUCUACAGGCAUCGAAUAACAACAAAGCUGAGACAGUUCUGCAACUUUUCAGAGACAGUGUUUCCAAAUAUGGACUCCCAAGUCGUGUGAGAGGUGAUAAGGGUGGUGAAAAUGUAGGUGUGGCAGAUUAUAUGAUUCAGUGCAGAGGUAGUGGCCGUGGCAGUUUCAUUGCUGGAAAGUCAGUCCAUAAUCAGCGGAUCGAGCGUCUAUGGCACGAUGUUUUUCAGGGAUGUUUAGUCAUAUUCUACAAAUUAUUUUACCAGAUGGAGGAUCAAUUUUUGCUAAAUAUUGAAGAUGAUAUACAUGUCUUUUCAUUGCAUUACAUUUUUUUAGGAAGGAUUAAUCAUGCCUUGGGUCAAUUUCUGGAGGCAUGGAAUAAUCAUCCUCUUUCUAGCUGCCAUAAUCACUCGCCCAUUCAGUUAUGGAUUUAUGGUCUUUGUGAACAAGCAAUGGAUGACAUAGAUCAGAAUGCUUUACCAUUCUUUGGAAUCGAUUGGAAUGGUCCAUUGACAGAAACUGAAGAUGAAGAACAUGUGCAUGUACCUGUCGUAGAUAACCCUUUAACACCAGAAGAUUACAAUGAACUGUGUCACACAGUGUCUCCUCUGGAUCCCAGUGACAGUUUAGGAGUGGACCUUUACUUAAAUGUUUUACAAUUUAUUUGUCAAAAAUUGAAUAUUGAGUGUGACUAAUGAAUAAUGAUUUUUAACAAUAA